AUGGAAAAUAACGUACCAUAUUUAAUUUCUACAAAAACAUUAAAACCUGAAUUUGAUAAGUUGGAAAAAAUUUCGAUAACCUCCCAGGAUUUCAGCAUUGGUCGAGGUCUGAAAAAUUCUGUGGUUAUACCCUUCUUAGCUAUUUCAAGAAGUCACUGUAUAAUCAGGAAAACGAAUCAUGAUGCAUGGUACAUAGAAGACUACAGCUCCUAUGGAAUUGAAAUAAAUGGAGUAAAAUUAGGCAGAAGUAACAAGAAAAGACUUCAACAUAAAGAUAUAAUUUGCCUGGAACCGUCACAAGAAUUUAUAUACUUAUUCAUAGAUCCAUUUCAGGAAAAUUUAGACAAUUCAUGUGAAUCUCCCAGAAAACGCAUAAAACUUGAAAAUAGUGAUAAUGACAUUAUAAGCAAUGUCAAAAUGAAAUUUGAACAUUCACAAAGUUGUGAAAUAAAACACAUUGAAGAUAAAAUACUAAAUGCUAAACAAAUGCAGACAACUUCAAUGAUAUUAAAAAAGCAGCUGCAGUUAGAAAUGAAUAGAAAGAUUGAACAACUAAAACAUGACUAUACUUUACAAAUUGAGAAUUUAAAAGGUGAAAAAAGUGCAGUUGAGGAACAAAAAGCGAAGCUCAUUGAAGAAAGAGAUAAUCUUCUGACAACUGUGAAAAAAGAAAUGGAUGGAAAAAUUUCUGAUCUAAUGGAACAAGUUAAAAAACAUCAUGAGACAGAAUCUGAACUUAUAAUAGAAAAUAAUUUACUUAAAGAGAAACUUCUAAAAGAAAGGGAAGAAUUUCUUUCUGAAUUAAACCGAGAAAGUUCAUCUAAACAAGACUUACUGGGCAAACUGGAAGCAAAAAUAAGAGAACAAGAAGAAAUACGUCUAAAUGAGAAAAAAGAACUAGAAGAAAUAUUAAGGCAAGAAACUGAAAGGCUUAAAAUUGCUAAAGAAAAGGAAUUAAAAGAAUUAGAAGACCAAAAGAAAAGUCGAGAAUUGGAACUACUUGAGGAAUUGAAUGAAUUAAAGAAAAAUCUUGAGUCAAAAAUGGAACAGGCUGAACAACAGAAGCUUCAAGUAGAACAAGUUUUAAACAAUCAGAUGGAACAAAUGAAGAAAGUUAACGAUGAAGAAAAACUAAAGAUGGAAAAACUUGUACAUGAAAGAGAAGAAUUACAGAAGAAGUUAGCUGAUGCACAACAAAAUGCUGAUAAAUCAGUUGAAGAAUUACAGACGCGUGUAAGAGAUCGAGAAACUGAACUAGCAGCGCUGGCUGCAGAACGAAUACAAAAACAUGCAGAACAAUCAUCAGAAGUUAUUAAUUCUCUGCUAGAGCAACUAGAAAGGGUAAAAAGUCAACUAAGAUCUGUUGAGAAUGAAAAAGAAAUGCUGAAAGCGGUAAAUGAAUCUGGUGAAGCCUCCACAAAAGAAAAUACUUUGGCAGAAUUCACAGAUAUAAUGGAAAAUGAAUUACAGUGUAGUAUUUGUGCAGAAUUAUUUGUUUCAGCUACUACUCUUAACUGUUCUCAUACUUUCUGCAAAUAUUGUAUCACAAUGUGGAAAAAGAAGAAAAAGGCGUGCCCAAUUUGUAGGGCAUCCAUAACAUCAGAAUGCAAGAGCUUAGUUUUAGACUCCUUCAUCGAAAAGAUGGUCGAAAAUUUAAGUGAAGAAAUGAAGCAAAGGAGGAUGAAUUUGCUGAAAUCAAGAGAAGAACUCGCGUUGGAACUAGCUCGUCGGCUCAACUCCAAUAACAGCCGAGGAAGUAGCAGCUAUGAUGAAUCCGACUACAACUCAGACUUCGACGAGGGGGGGGAGGAGGAGGAGGAGGAUGAGGAAUAUAGUGAUAUCGGCGAGUACGACUACUAUAGCCGGAGAAGACAUAGUUUCUUCGACGAGUAUCCCGACAGUGGAUCUGACAACGGCUCCGAUGAUUCCAUCUCCCUUACCAGUUCGGCCUCCGGUCAUAGCUCUACCAGCAACGCUGCUUCGGUCAAUGGUGAGAUCGCAGUCGCCGCAGGUGUAUCAAAUACUGCAGAGGCCAGGAGCCAACGUGGCAUCGUCCGCGGCACCCCGGGUUCGUACUACGGAGGCUAUGGCCGUUGCUUCCGCUGUGGUGCGCGCGGCCACUGGGCGCCCGGCUGCCCCUUCAAAUGA